ACCAAGACACAGUCCCACCCCACCCCACCCCGCGCCGCCGCCCGCGAUCGCCGAUUUGCCGUCGCCCCAGUCCCGCCCGCGCUCGCAUUGGUGGCGGCGAGCAGCGAGCGGCUACCGCGAAUCGGGCCGGCGGCCUUCUUUCUUCUCCCUUGGCGCCGGCCGGCUGCAGGCGGCGGCGGCGGCGGGACGAUGACGCCGCGGGAGCGGCUGGACGCCCUGCGUGGCGCCACGGGGGAGUGCGACUGCGUCGGCGGGGAGGACGAGCUGCUUCUGCGGCUGCUGCGGCGCGGCCAGCCCCGCCCCGUCUGCCUCGACGGCUUCGAGCCCUCCGCCGCCAUGGACAUCGCGCGGGGCGUCGGGACGGCGGUCCGCGCCCGGGCGAUGGCGCGGGCCGGGUGCCGGGUGAAGAUCGUGGUCGCCGACUGGUUCGCGCUCCUCGGCGGCCGGAUGGGCGGCGACUGGGGCAGGAUCCGGGACGCCGGCAGCCGGAACGUCCAGGUGUGGGAGGCCGCCCUGAGGGCGCUCGGCGUGGGCGCCGGCGAGGUGGAGUUCCUCUGGUCCUCGGACGAGGUCCUCCGCCGCGCCGCCGAGUACUGGCAACCGCUCGUCAUGGACAUCGCCGAGAAGCACUCGGUCGAGAGGAUAGUCAGGUGUUGCAAGGCGGUCUUCGGCCGCGACAAGGAACAGCUGACUGCUGGGCAGUUCAUGUACCCCAUCAUGCAGUGCGCAGAUGUCUUCUUCUACCAGGCAGACAUAUGCCACAUGGCCAUGGAUCAAAGAGAGGUGAAUCUGCUAGCAAGAGAUUACUGCAAGGCGAGUGGAAGGGACAAUAAGCCAACCAUCAUGUCAUACCAUAUGCUACCUGGUCUUAAGAAUGGCCAGAAGAUCUCAGACAAAGAUCCAUCAUCAGCUAUAUUCAUGGGAGAUAGCGAGUCUGAGGUGAAUAAGAAGAUAAAUAAGGCAUUUUGUCCUCCUGGAAUAGUUGAAGCAAAUCCAUGCUUGGAGUACAUCAAGCAAAUCAUUUUACCUUGGUCUAGAAAGUUUGUUGUGCUUCGGACCGAAGAUAAUGGUGGUAACAAGACCUACAACGGAAUAGAAGAACUCUUUGAGGAUUUUCGUAGUGGUGCUCUGCAUCCGGCUGAUGUGAAGUCCAACCUUAAAAAAGCUAUAAAUGAGAUACUGCAGUGUGUUCGUGACAACUUGAUUCACUUCGAAAGCAAUAGUGAUGCCGAUGUUCUUCUUAAUAAUAGUGUUAAGCGCACCGCGUCUACUGCUGAUAAUCUGCCUAGUAGAAUGCCAGUGAUGACCUCAGAUAUGCGGUUCAAGAUACUGCACAGCAUUGCGGAGAAGGAUGAGUGCACUACGGAGAAUGAGUUGAAGCAGCUGCUGCAGGAGAAGCCCACUCCCAUCUGCUAUGAUGGAUUCGAGCCUUCUGGCCGCAUGCACAUUGCUCAGGGGGUUGGAAAGGCAAUAAGUAUUGACAAGAUGCUUGAAGCUGGAUGCAAAGUGAAAAUCUGGAUAGCAGACUGGUUUGCUAUGCUCAACAACAAGAUGGGAGGGAAUCUAAAACAAAUCCGAACUGUUGGACUCUACAUGAUUGAGAUUUGGAAAGCACUUGGCAUGAACUUGAAAGGGGUGGAAUUCCUCUGGGCCUCGGAAGAAAUUGAUAAUCGCGGCAAUGAAUACUGGCCACUUGUAAUUGACAUUGCCCAUAAAACAUCUUUCAAGCGGAUAAUCAGGUGUUGCCAAAUUAUGGGUCGAAGCGAGAAGGAUGCCCUGACUGCUGCCCAGAUUAUGUAUCCCCUCAUGCAGUGUGCUGAUAUAUUCUUUCUCAAGGUAGACAUAUGCCAGAUGGGUUUGGAUCAAAGAAAGGUGAAUAUGCUUGCUAGAGACUAUUGUGAGGCCAGCAAAAGGAAUAACAGGCCAAUUAUUCUAUCACACCAUAUGUUACCUGGAAUUAAAGAAGGUCAGCAAAAAAUGUCAAAGAGCGAUCCAUCCUCGGCUAUUUUUAUGGAAGACAAUGAGUCUCAGGUGAAUGAGAAGAUAGGACAGGCUUUCUGCCCUCACAAAGUUACUGAAGGAAAUCCAUGCUUGGAGUACAUCGAGUACAUAGUUUUGCCCAAGUCGGGAAGGUUUGCUGUGCUUUGUAAGGAAACUGAUGGCAGUAACAGGACAUACAGCAAGAUAGAAGAACUCCGUGAAGAUUACCGCAGCGGCACUCUUCACCCCGAUGAUGUGAAGCUUGCUCUCGCGAAAGCACUAAACGAUAUAUUGCAGCCUGUUCGCGAUCACUUCGAAAAGCAUCCUGAUGCCCAAGCUCUGCUCGAUACCGUCAAGGCCUACAGAAGAACCGGUGGGUCUCAAAUGCAGAGUGGAGGUGAUCACACCAUCAAGGAACCUGAACGCAGUAGUGCCUGAACCAUGUGUCGAUUCUGAAUCAGCACUCUUGAUCGGGUGUAAAAAUUUGGGCGUUCUUUAGCCUGGUUUGGGUAGCCAUUUUGCCUAGCUAAAUGGAAGUUGAAACCGCAGGGCACUGAGCUACAGGGCUCAACAAAUUUCAUGGGCUGUAUAGGGAUAGUCCGUGAACCAUCAUCCAUCUGCUUUUUUUUUUUAGGGUAACCAUCAUCCAUCUGCUGCUGAUA